CCCGCCCGGAGGCGGCCGCGCGAACUGCAGAGCUGGAGGCGCAGGGCAGCAGGCGAGCGCCCCGGGGCCCCCGAGCCCGGCGCGCCAUGGCGGGCGCCCGGCGAGCGCGCAGCCCCGCGGCCGCUGGUUAGCCCGGCCGGGCGGCCACUGCUGCCUCACUCCUUCCUCGGCGUCCCGGGCCUCAGAGCCGCUGUGAGGAGGAUGAGUCCCUGGAGCUGGUUCCUGCUGCCGACCCUCUGCCUCCUGCCCACGAGCGCAGCCCCUCGGCGCGGCGCGCCCGCCUCCGCCAACUGCGAGCUCAAGCCCCAACAAAGUGAGUUGAAUUCCUUCUUGUGGACCAUAAAACGAGACCCACCAUCUUACUUCUUUGGCACGAUCCACGUCCCAUACACCCGGGUUUGGGACUUCAUCCCGGACAACUCCAAGGAGGCUUUCCAGCAGAGCAGCAUUGUGUACUUCGAGCUGGACCUCACGGACCCCUACACUAUCUCGGCUCUCACCAGCUGUCAGAUGCUGCCGCAGGGCGAGAACCUCCAGGAUGUGCUCCCCAGGGACAUCUACUGCCGCCUCAAGCGCCACCUAGAGUAUGUCAAGCUCAUGAUGCCCUCGUGGAUGACCCCAGACCAGCGCGGUAAGGGUCUCUAUGCCGACUACCUCUUCAAUGCCAUCGCGGGGAACUGGGAGCGGAAGAGGCCGGUCUGGGUGAUGCUCAUGGUCAACUCUCUGACCGAAGUGGACAUUAAGUCCCGUGGGGUGCCCGUCUUAGACCUGUACCUUGCCCAGGAGGCUGAGAGGCUGAGGAAGCAGACUGGGGCGGUGGAAAAGGUGGAAGAGCAGUGCCAUCCACUGAAUGGGCUGAACUUUUCACAGGUCAUCUUUGCUUUGAACCAGACCCUCCUGCAGCAGGAGAGCCUGCGAGCGGGCAGCCUCCGGAUCCCCUACACGACAGAGGAUCUCAUCAAACACUAUAACUGCGGGGACCUCAGCUCAGUCAUCCUCAGCCAUGACAGCUCCCAGGUUCCCAAUUUUAUUAAUGCCACGCUCCCACCUCAGGAGCUCAUCACUGCUCAAGAGAUCGACAGCUACUUCCGCCAGGAGCUUAUCUACAAGCGGAAUGAGAGGAUGGGGAAGCGAGUGAAGGCUCUUCUGGAGGAGUUCCCUGACAAAGGCUUUUUCUUUGCCUUUGGAGCUGGUCAUUUCAUGGGCAACAACACGGUGCUCGAUGUUUUGCGGCGCGAAGGCUAUGAGGUGGAACACGCCCCCGCUGGACGACCCAUCCACAGAGAGAAGAGUGACAGUCCCUCAUCUCCCUCGACGCAGCCUGCCUCCUCUGCCAUCUUUGCUCCGGAAGUGCCCGCCCCGGAAGCGCUGGUACUGGAAGCUGGGUCUGCUGUGCACUCGCUGUUGCCAACCCAUGUGUCCCUGCCCGGAAGUGCCGACCUGCCGGUGGAGGCUGAGCGGAAGUUCCGGAAAAAGCGGAGGCGGCCGCAGCGCAGGCAGCAGUUCAGGCAGUUCAGUGACCUGUGGGUCCGACUGGAUGAGAGUGCUGUGGUCCCACAACUCCAGGUCCCCGUUGUGGACAGGCACAUCACUGCCGAGCUGCGGCUCCCUCGCCAUGGGCCUUCCCGCCACAGCCAGAUGGUGGCCAGCAGUGCCUGCCUGUCUCUCUGGACUCCUGUGUUCUGGGUGCUGGUGCUGGCUUUCCAAACAGAGACGCCCCUUCUGUAACAACUAGAGAAGCCAGGCCAAGACCCUGACCCCUUGGACUUGAAGGAGAGCCAUUCCUGUACUCCACACUCAGGUUUGGCCUUGACAGGCCCAACCCAGGAGAAGAGACUCAGAAUAAAAGCCAGUGUGGAUUCUUCUCUUUCCCAGGAAUGCCUUUGGGUUAUUCAACAAUGUUUGGGAUGCCAAGAAUUAUUUAUUACCUGGAACUCUGGUCCGGACAGAAGAAACAAGUUCUUGGACAAUUUCAUCAUUGCUUUUCCCCUCUCCACCAGAAGACGACCUU